GGAAUGACUCCAUCUGUCAAUCCUUCGAGAAUAUUUGUCCGCUGGAAAACGGGAGCUGGCUUCGCGUCCCCAGUGUCUAGCUUGGCAUCACAGUAGCAGCAAGACCCGUGAAUCAAAACAUUGAAACUUUUUUUUUUCAAAUUGUUUAAAAAAAUGGCGCACACAAUAUUGCUAGUUCAGCCGGGACCUAAACCAGAAACCAGAACAUUUUCAGACUACGAAAGUGUCAACGAGUGUAUGGAAGCAGGUGUUUGUAAAAUCUAUGAGGAACACCUCAAGAGGAUGAACCCCAACACUCCGAGCAUCACUUACGAUAUAUCACAACUAUUCGACUUCAUAGACCAGCUGGCGGAUCUCUCUUGUCUUGUAUACCAGAAGAGCACCAAUACUUACGCACCUUACAACAAAGACUGGAUAAAAGAGAAAAUAUACAUCCUCCUUCGGCGGCAAGCAGCCAAAGCAAACUGAAAUCUUAUCCAUUGGGAAUACAAUGCAAGUAUCAGGGAUUCUCGAACAGCCCGUGUGAAUAUUUGAUGACGUGUUAUCGCUAACAUUGUCGAAAAUCAAAUGCGACAUAUGCUAACUUAUUGAAAUUUGUGUAGUAAGAAAAACAAAAAAAGCUUUAUUUGCAGUGAUUGGUAGUUCAAAAUCUUUUUCAUGAAUGGUACAAAGAUUUUUGUAUUAUUUGGUUUCAUGAAAUUGUUGUAGGCAGUUUAGUAAUGAAUCGAUACAGUUUGGAUUGGAUUGUAGUGUGUACAAAAACAACUUCUGUUGGUAAGUAAUGCAGAGCUACAUAAUGUAGUUCCGUCGGAUCACAGGUGUUUACGUUUUGAAUGGAUCAAGUUGGGGAAGGGCAUAAUCAGUUUCAUAGAUAAUAUUUUUUAAUACACAUACAUCACCUCUUGUCAGAAACAGGUGUCAAGAAUGAGCAGGCAGUGUCUUUGGGGUUGCAAGAGACUGCUACAUCUGAUGACAAAAGGCUACCAGAAAUUAAUGUUUGUUAUAUAUGUCUUAGGCAUCGUUAGAAAUAUUUUUUAACCAAGGUAAUUAUGUUCCAUUCACUCUGGAAGCCUGGCUUAUGUUGCCAAGUGAGUAUUUUCUUAUUCUGCUGCUAAUUUCAGUGUAUAUUGACGAUUGAGAGUGAACGUUAGAGAAAUCGUUACACCUGCAGUGUAAUUAUAAUAAUUAUUCUAUUGCAGUGUUAGUUUCCUGUGUACUGCAAAACUUUCAACUUGAGCUUUAAUUGAUCAUAAAUUGUGUGGAAAUGAUUGCUUUGAAAUUAAAACCAACUCGAAAUUCAAUAAUAUCUCAAACUGGACUUGACAAAAAUUUAGUUUUGCAGUAUACUUGAAUUUUAGGGCAUAAGUGGAGAACAAAAAUUUAGUUUUACAGUACGUACUUGAAUUUUGGGGCAUAAGUGGAUUCUCUCUUUUAUGCAAUGUUCACGUUUUUAGCAUUUACUUUAGCUAUCAGAUUCUUAACAGCUUUAUUGUUUAGUGUGACAUGGUCACGCAUAUCAUAAGUCUUAUGUUAUUGCUUGAUUUAUAAAGAGAAUAAGCUUUAUGGUAUUUGAGGUUACAGUAUUUGCUUUUGGAUAUAGUGAUUAUUCAUAUUCAUUUCUACAAGGCCAUCCAUUUUUUCUUUAUUAAAAGUCAAACUUUUGUUAACUAGAAAUAUCAUUGGUUUUAGUUUCUCUUUUGACUGGGUGUAUUCAAACUUCAUAAUAAAAGUGAAUAAAAA